AACUUCUCCACUCUCGUCUUUUUCUUCUUCAGCGUCUUCAACAAUGGCAUCCGUCGAUCUCUACAAGUCUAAUGAAACGACUAUCGCCACUACCAACGACAAUCACAUUGACCACGGCUGGCAAAAGGUAUCAUAUCCCAAACGUCAAUUGAAGACCAAGCCCAACGCAAAUCCCCAAAAACCUAUCCUUUCCCUCCCAAACGGGACCAUAACUAACGACGGCACUAACAUUUUUCAUUCCCUCGAGAAGUAGUAUGAGGAUCGUCGUCGUCGGGUUCUCGAAGCUCAAAGAGCUUACAAUGAUGUUGAUGUUAAUAUGAAGGCAAAGCAUAACAGAUCAGACUUCGAUGACGACGAUGGUAAGGAUAGCAGUGAUAUGGAAGGUGUUAAACCUGAAGAGAAGUCGGCAGAGGAGAAGAAGGUGAAGAAAAAGAAACUGAAUAACCCUAAGGUUACGGCUGCAGAGGUCGCAUUGAAGAUUGAUCCCACUGAUCACUCGGCUUAUCUCGCUGAGUUGAAUGGAGAACAACAGGAAAUUCAAAUGCAGAAGUUUACGAAUUUUUAUGGGAAGACGUUUCAAGAAGUGGUAGCCGGACAGUUUCCAUGGAUGAAGAUGUUUAGGGAAAAUAUCAUUAUCAAGCUUGCUGAUGUGCCACUUUCGCAUAUUUAUGAUUUUUGAUUUUUUUUAUAAGACAUCAGCUGAUUGUAUCAACCAACAAUCCCUUGAGGCAAUUGGUUUCUUCAUCCUAUGGUCUUUAGAUAUUAUUCUUGAGGACUUGGUGGCCCAACAAGCAAGUGCUAAGGGCUCCAAAAAAGGUGUGCAACAGACGUCAUCCAAGUUAAAGGUAGCUUCAUUAGCGGGUCUGUUGUU